GGCGUCCAUGGAAACACCGAUCAGCUGACCAUCGUUUCAGGAGUUGUGUAACCUUUUGUCGUCGGUUUUUUCAGCUGGACAGUCGUUCUUGUCGCAUUAUGAGACGCUAAAGAACGCGAUUAGUCGCGCUGAAGCGCUGCGGUCAUGUGACCUGCAGAGGGCGCCACUACUCGACCGUUAUUCCUGCGUGCGCGCGCCUCCGCCAGUCUCUGUAUCUGCGGCACACAUCCCGCACGAGUCCCGCUUCUAACGGUAAUAUGGGUCGUUAGGACGGUUUUCGCGCGGUUAACGGCUGUUAUUAUUCAGCGUGAAUGUGAAGAUCGCGCGAAUUCUGCUGCGCGUUUGUCCGUGCGCGCCGGUAACGCGGGUCUUACAGCUGCGAGCGAUUCUUAAGUAAACGCUUUGUGACACAGCGAUCUUCAUCAUCUUCUUCAUCAUCAUCGUCAUCUCAGGUCAAUCUUCCGUCGGUGUGUCGAACAUGAACGACUGAAGCGGCGCGUAACGCUGUGUGUCAGCUUUGACCUUGACUCGGUGUUGUGUUCUCGCUCGUGUCGGUCACUCGUCCUGCAGCAGCGCUCCAUCAGAUUCUCUACUCAUCUGGACAAGUCCUGACUUCUCUAAGUGACAGAUGGAUUACGAUGCUCCAGCGAGUGACUCCUGACAUGUAAAUGGCGUCGAAGGUGCGUGAUGCUGUGCUCUGGUACCAGAAGAAGAUCGGUGCGUAUGACCAGCAGAUAUGGGAGAAAUCAGUGGAACAGCGAGAGAUCAAGCAGUUUAUCAGAGGGGGUCUGAGGAACAAACCGAAGAAGACCGGUCACGUGAAGCCGGACCUGAUUGAUGUGGAUCUGGUCAGAGGCUCUGCGUUUGCUAAAGCGAAGCCGGAGAGCCCGUGGACCUCUCUGACCCGGAAGGGCAUUGUUAGAGUGGUUUUCUUCCCAUUUUUCUUCCGCUGGUGGAUUCAGGUGACGUCGAGAGCCGUGUUCUACCUGCUGCUGUCUCUCUACCUGCUGCAAGUGCUCGCAGCGGCGUUGUUCUUCAGCGUCUCCAGUCCUCACGACGUCCCCGUCACAGAAGUGUUUGGUGCCAUCGGUCUGAUGCUGCUGUUAGGAACCGUUCACUGCCAGAUCGUCUCCACACACACUCCUAAAGCCAGCAGCGGCGGGAGACGGCGCAGGAAGUUGAGGAAAGCGGCUCAUUUGGACAUUCAUAGAGAAGGCGACGGCUCUAGCACUACUGAUAACACGCAGGAGGGAUCUCCGCAGGGCUCGCUGUCCGCCGGCUCACACGGCCUCGUCACUUUCUUCAGAGAUUUCUGGCAUGGUAUCUUUAAAGCGGGGUCUAAGAAGUCCAAGCUGUCCAUCGAUAAGUCUACAGAGACGGACAAUGGAUACGUGUCUCUGGACGGCCGCAUCACCAGCAAAAGCAGCGAGGAGGGUUUACAGCUGCACGAGCCUCACUGCGACCUGCUGCGCUCCGAGACACACUGGAGCCUCCAGCACACCCCAAACCAGCGGAUCCUGCCGCCCACGGGGAAGUGUCUGUCCGAGGCUGCGGUUCCUCGUGGGGGGGAGAACAUGUCGGGUGAAGCGUCCAGUGAAGAAGACCCAGAGAACUACAGCACGCUCCGCAGGGGACUGGAGCGCAAGAACAGUGACUGCACGCUGCGCAACAGGAAAACACACCCCUACAAGAAGCAUUACACUGCUGAGGAGACGCUGAAGUCGGGCACCAGUUGCAGCUCGCGGUGCUCCAGCUCGAGGACGCAGGACUCUGAGAGCGCACGACACGAGUCUGAGACAGAGGAUGUUCUGUGGGAGGACUUCCUGCACUGCGCCGAGUGCCGCUCCUCCUGCUCCAGCGAAACAGACGCCGACGGAUCCGCCAUCUGCUCUGCCUCCAAGAAAGAGUUCAGAGACGACCCGUUCCAUCAGGGUCACGUGCCGUGGCUGCACAGCUCUAAUCCAGGCCUGGAGCGCGUCAGUGCCAUCGUGUGGGAAGGAAACGAAUGCAAGAAAGCAGACAUGUCUGUGCUGGAAAUCAGCGGCAUGAUAAUGAACAGGGUCAAUCUCUACACUCCAGGGAUCGGCUAUCAGAUCUUGGGGAAUCUGGUGUCUGUGACGCUGGGUUUGACUCCGUUUGCGUUCAGACUGUUCCAGCACAAAGAUCCGGAGCAGCUGGUGUCUCUGUCGGCCGGUGAGCUGCUGUCUGUGGCCUUCGGCUCGUCUGAUGACGCUCUGGUGAUGACGAUGGUGAGCGUGAGCUUCGUGGUGCGCGUCUGUCUCAUCUGGCUCUUCUUCUUCUUGCUCAGCGUGGCUGAGAGGACGUACAGACAGCGGCUGCUGUUUGCGAAGCUGUUUGGUCACCUGACGUCGGCGCGGAGGGCCAGAAAAUCAGAAGUGCCUCAUUUCCGUCUGAAGAAGGUGCAGAACAUUAAGAUGUGGCUGUCGCUGCGCUCUUACCUGAAGCGUCGAGGUCCGCAGCGCUCGGUGGAUGUGAUCGUCUCCUCUGCGUUCCUGCUCACGCUCUCGGUGGUCUUCAUCUGCUGCGCUCAGCUGCUUCACGUGCACGAGACGUUCCUGGAGUUUCACUAUAACUGGGAGCUGGUGAUCUGGAGCGGCUCGCUGUCGCUGUACCUGCUCCGCUUCGUCACGCUGGGCUCCGAAACCAGCAAGAAAUACAGCAACACCUCCAUCUUACUCACAGAGCAGAUUAACUUGUACUUGAAAAUGGAAAAGAAACCGAAUAAGAAAGAAGAACUUACUCUGGUCAACAACGUCCUUAAACUGGCCACCAAAUUACUGAAGGAGCUGGACGCUCCGUUCCGUCUCUACGGUCUGACCAUGAAUCCUCUGCUGUAUAACAUCACUCAGGUGGUGAUUCUGUCGGCCGUGUCGGGGGUCAUCAGUGACCUGCUGGGCUUCAACCUGAAGCUGUGGAAGAUCAAAUCCUGAGUUCAUCUUCAUCUCAAACACAUGGUGGCGCUGUUUCCCCUCGACGGGCUCCUGACGGUGAACUCUUGACCCGGUGUGCGGUCAUAUCAGAGUGCUUGUGCAAUUCAGCUAUUUAUUUGACCCUUUCAGUGUUUGUUUUUUAUUCUGAAGUAUUUGUUUUAGUUGUUACGAUUGUUUUAAGUAUUAUUUUAGCUCCUGAUGUGACGUUCUCAUAGGAAAGAUGAUCAGUGCAGUCUGAUCUGAGUUACUGAAACCAACAGAAAAGGCCCAUCAUGACACACACACACACACACACACACACACACACACACACAACUGAAACUGAGUUUCAUCUGAUGGGCUGCAGUUUUUCAGCUUUGUUUUUAUUUUCAGCAAUAAG